CAGAGAUUCGGAGUACCCGGAUGCAGUCGAACACACAGAGCAUCCUCCGCUGCUAACAUCCCUCUCGUUACAUAACAUCAGAAAUGGGGCGCAGAAAGUCAAAAAGAAAGCCACCGCCAAAGAAAAAGAUGACCGGCAACCUGGACGUCCAGUUCACUUGCCCGUUUUGUAACCACGAGAAAUCCUGCGAUGUCAAAAUGGAACGAACCCGCAACACAGGAAUUAUAUCUUGCAGCGUUUGCCUGGAGGAGUUCCAGACUCCAAUUACCUAUCUGUCUGAGGCAGUGGAUGUUUACAGUGACUGGAUCGAUGCCUGUGAAGCAGCCAAUCAAUAAUCAUGUUUUCCCGUGACUCUCAUCCUCUCUCUAACAUCCCCCCCCCCCCUUGUGAUUGGGCCAUUAAAUUCAGCCCUGUUUAGCUCACACAAUGUAGCAAAAAUCUUCACAAAACUAUAGGAGCAUGACAUGCUCGUUUAGUUUUGCUACAGUGUGGCUUGCUGAGCACGACUCGUUCCUCUGGCUGGGCCAGGGAGUUGCCAUGUUUUGUCUACAUCACAGUUCUCCAUGUAAAAGUGUUCAUAGGUCAGUGGUUAGCGUAUGAUAGUCUGUUUUUUUUAAAUUACAUCAUGAUGGUUUUUUUUGUUUUAAACCCCCCCCUCCGACUGACCAAUGUCCAUCUGCGUAAAACAUUGUCCUCGGUCGUUACUCUUCGUGUUUAUUGAUGAAAAUAAUAUGAUUGUCGUCUUGAGAUCGUUGUAAUUGGUAGAUAAUGAAGAUGUGUUCAUUGUUUAGUUUUGCCUCUUAUGCACUGAAACAUUGGUUUCAUUUUAUUCUUUUGAACUGUCGAAACUUUUGUUUCUUGGACCAAUAUAUAUUUGUACUGCUAGAUUUGUAUUUUACCUUUUUUUUUCUUUCAAAAUCACAAUCAUGUAAUUUCACUACUUGUGUGCAUUUCACAUCCGUGUAUUUUUAGGUAAUGAGAAAAAUUAAAUCAAAACCAUAUUUUUCAA